AUGGCUAACCAGUCUGCCAUAUCAGAGUUCCUGCUCAAGGAUUUUUCACAGCUAAAGGAACUGCAAAUUCUGCACUUUCUUUUUUUCCUGAUAUUGUACUUGGCAACAGUAACAGGGAACCUUCUCAUCAUCUGUACAAUACGCUUUGACCAUAAGCUGCACACUCCCAUGUACAUCUUUUUGAUGAACUUGGCCAUCCAGGACUUAGGCUCUGUUUCAGUCAUUAUCCCCAAAUCUGUGGCCAAUUCCCUAAUGCAUACUAGACACAUUUCCUACUGUGGCUGUGCUGCUCAGGUCCUCUUAUCUCUUUUCUUUAUAUUCUCUGAUUUCUUCCUCCUCACAGUCAUGGCGUAUGAUCGGUAUGUUGCCAUUUGCAGUCCACUGCAAUAUGAGAUGUUAGUGAACAAGCACACCUGUGUCCAAAUUCUUGCUGGUGUAUGGAGUGCUGGUCUUUUUCUUGCCGUUCUACACACUGGCAUUACUUUUGCUAUCCCCUUCUGCUCCAAUGUCAUUGAUCAGUUCUUCUGUGAAAUCCCACAGCUACUGAAACUCUCCUGCUCUAACUCAACUGCAGUGGAGACUGGAGCAAUUGUGCUCAGUGUUAUCAUUGAGUCAGCUUGUUUCAUCUUCAUCAUCAUAACAUACGUCUAUAUUUUCAGUACAGUGUUAAGAAUGCCGUCUGCACAGAGAAGACAAAAAGCCUUCUCCACAUGCAUUCCCCACCUCACUGUCAUAGCCAUAUUAUUGUUUACAGUAUGGUUUGCCUACCUAAGUCCAGUGUAUAAUACCCUGCCAUAUAUGGAUACACUUUUUGCCGUAAUAUAUUCUGUGAUUCCACCUUUGCUCAACCCAGUGAUCUAUAGCUUGAGAAACCAAGAAAUCCAAGCAGCAUUGUCCAAUUUACUGGGUUUGAAGAAGUAUCCCAAGACUCCAUUCUUUGGUUUCCUUCUGUAG